AUGCUCGCGUAUGCUAGAAAAAUUAAUCACAUAAAAAAAAUCCUAUACAGAGAGAAGGCAAAGAGGAAUAAAAGAAUCAAGUGUCACAUCCAGCACGUGCCCUACAACGAUCAGCACAAAGAAACGGUAACCCUGUCAUAUAAAAGGGGGACGCUCACACAGGUGAUUGAAUAUGCAGAAAAGGAAAAGGGCCUUUUCCUCCUCAGUGAUCAUGUGGAGACGCGCACAAAAGGGAGAAGUCACCAAACCCUGCCUUCUGCUGAAAAUGGUCCUACGUGGGUCAGCGCCGCACCCGAUUGGGCUCCCCGACAGGGGAACGGGGAUCAUGAACAGGAACACACCAAUGGCAAGGGGGACAGGAACCGCAACGUCGGGACCUUGUCCUACGAAUCACUCAUUAGCAGGUCACCACAAGGUAGCCCAAUCUCCCCCCACACGAGCAAGCAUAACAUCAUGGAGAUGAAAAAAUAUCAUCACGAACAGGAGAAAAAACGAAUCGCACUAAACGGGCUAAACGAACGAAACGAACGAAACGAACGAAACGAACAAAGUGAACGGGGCAAACAAAACAGGCUGGUGAUGCAGUACCAUGUGGGGAGUGUAAAAGGCGUGAUGACCAUUUUGGACAAGUGCCAAGCGUACAACUACAAAAAUGAAAACCUACUGGAGGACAUUUGUGAAUCUUUCCCCUCGCUCGGUCUACGAGAGACAAGCAUAAAGGACCUCCUCACCAUUCUACAUGCCUUCAUUAAAUUAAAUUAUUUUAAUGAGGCAUAUUUUAAUUAUAUAUUUUGCUUCAUUUUAAAUGAGCAUUUUUUGAGUAACUCCAAUUUGAUAUCCCUACUGUUCGUUUUGUCCAAUGUAGAAAAGCUUAACGCCUUGAGUUGUGUCCUCCUCUACAGAGUCAAUUUUAUGCUCCUCCAUAGGAUGCACUCACUCUCCCUUCACCAACUGCAUAAUGUGCUGAACGCCUACCUGAAGAUGUACAGGCGACUGUCGGCUCGGGAAGAACUUCAACGGGGUAAUAAAAACCAGGUAACAAAGACGGAUGGGCGAGCCUUCCCAAAAAUCAAUUCAACACAUUUUGAGCUAUUUUACAAGCUAAAAUUUGACGAUGCCACACAAACAGGGGAGUCUGCGAAACCGAGCCAACCACGCAACUCUGUCCACGUCAUAUUCCGCCUCAUUGAAUGUCUGAGGAAAAAAAAGAUCCCCUUGGACAAACUGAGCAAAUUCAUAACCCCCCAAGAUUGCCUUAACAAAGUUUUCAUCACACACUUGAAGAAAGAAAUAAGCCUCCUUUUUUUGAAGAAGUUAAAAUCUGAACAUGUCCUUUUUAACCGAUUGGAGAGGAAGCGUCUGUAUCGAUUGAGGGAUUCCAUUUUAAAAUCUCCUAAAGAAAGGGAUCCCAGUGGGGAAGACAAGGUAGAACAAAAGGGAACCCCUCUGUGGCAUUCCCACAUGGAUGAGAAGUCUCAAAUGGGGAUCCACUUAAAGGAGGGCGAACUGAAUUCUGCUGGUACUUGCACUCAACAAGGGGGAGGGCGGCACACAGGGUCUGCAGCUAUUCAGUUGAAGAUAAUAAAGAGGAUGAAGAGGCAGCUGGAUGCGCGGCUCCUCGUUCCUCUCAUCAGGGUGUGUGACGUGCGCGAUGAGGAUCUCUGCUCAAGAGACCGCCGUAGUAGUCAUCUUGAUUGUGCCCCCGCCUCGCGAAGGAACCCUCCUCUGGACUUCCUUCUCCACUGCUACAAACACCUACCCCUGAAGUUCGAUGCAAAAAGCCUGGUGGUGACCCUGAGCUGCUUCUCCCAGCGAAGACAAACACAGAAUGACCAAGUGCUUCACAUGCUAAUGAACCUAAUGGAAAAAAAAAUAAAUAAAUUUACUCCAGAACAAAUAGUGGACAUGAUGAAAAGUAUCUCCAACCUGAGAGAUCAAAGAAUACCAAAUGGCACUCUGAAUUUUUUAAUUAGAUUUCUCUUUAACAAAAAUGGAAUUAUUUACCUGAAGGAUGCACACAUAUGUACUCUCCUAAAUGUGAUUCAAAAAAAAAAAAAAUUCAUUAAUGAAGACGGUGUUCAUUAUAUAAGUCACUUUGUCGUCAAUCAUAAGCCACCUUUUAAAAAUGUGAAAAAUAUGUUUUCCUACUUUUCCUUCCAUUUUCAUUUUAACAAAUUUGCUUACCACUUUUUAAAUGCACUUUAUUGUUCCUUCCUCAGUGGCAGCAGUGGUGGGCACCUCCUCGAGCUGGAUCAUCUCAAUCGAGUUUUAUCGUCCACUUUGGUAAUUCCCAGUACUUGGAAAUAUCAUAAAAGGGUCUUCAAAAAAAUUGACACUUGUUUGUUAUCCACAUUGACGAGAAUGAACCGAUCGGACUACUUCCCUCGUCUCAGGGACCUAUCCGAUGUGCUCCAACUUAUUUCCCACAUGAACAGCUCCAUGACCAGCGACGUUUACAAAGCGUACGAGGGUGAAAUAAAUCAAAUGAGGCGGAAGAAACGUUCCCCUCGGAAUGACAUCACAAAUUGGGUAUUCGGCACGAUAAAUGGCGCAAAUAGACAACACAAGGAUGGAAAAGAAAAAAAAAAAUUGAAAUUUUAUUACGCACACAAUUCGUACAAUGAAGUGUACCUCAUGACGUCAUCCUUCAAUUUAAAAACCUUCAUUUUGAUCAAAAAAUUUAUCCAAAAGGUGUUACAUGGUAAGGGAUGUGCUAACCUGCACAAUGAAGAGAUAGCUCUGCUCAUAAAGGCAAUAACAAAUUUGUAUGAAUUGCAAAAAAAAAUCACCAAGAUGGACAAAACAUACACCUAUUUUUACGUUGCAACGAAGGGGAGAUGCAAAAAAAACAAAACUGUAAACACGUAUCUUUUAAAAAUAAUUAACCAGAUUAACAAAGAUAUUCUCCAAUUUUUGUGCAAAAUGGACCAGGAAAGGAUCUUUCUCUGUAACGUUCAUAUGCUAAGGAGUAACUACCUGUUUGAGCCACUAAUGAACGAACAACUCGUGCUGUCCUAUCUUCAACAAAGUGUACACCGAAUGGGGAACAAACCACUCAGCACAGGCACUGCCGUUCUUUUCUUUAAUUUUUUGAGUUCAUACAAAAUUGACGAAAUGGUUUUGUCCAGCCGAGGUGUACACAUGAAGGAUGUGUUGCACAGUUCGUGUGUGCCGCGAGCAGGCUUCGAAGAACUGGAGAGGAUGCUCCUGAAGGCCUUCUUUGCUAGCCAAAAAAUGCAAUGUCCAAACCGAGAAAGAGAAAAACUGUUUGCACACAUGUACAGUGAGAAGAAAAGAUCAAAUUCAUACAAAAUUGACGAAAUGGUUUUGUCCAGCCGAGGUGUACACAUGAAGGAUGUGUUGCACAGUUCGUGUGUGCCGCGAGCAGGCUUCGAAGAACUGGAGAGGAUGCUCCUGAAGGCCUUCUUUGCUAGCCAAAAAAUGCAAUGUCCAAACCGAGAAAGAGAAAAACUGUUUGCACACAUGUACAGUGAGAAGAAAAGAUCAAAGUCCAGCAUAAGAAACUCCAUAAAGCAUUUCUUUUUAACGUAUAAAUUCACAAAUUGGGAAUAUUUAAAAAAGUACCAACAGGAAAGGAAAAUCUACAUAAAUAAAAUUUCUAACAACCUGGAGAGAAAAAUGCUAAAAAGGAAAAUAAAAAAAAUGGACGAUCUGGUUAAGCAGAAUGGAAGCUUUAAGCAUAUGAACAAGUACAACAAAUUUUUAAUUUACAAAUUUUCCUCAAAAUGGAAGAAGAAAAAAAAAUAUUUAAUCCUUAAGAGCACCAUUAAUUCGUCCUAUGUGGACGCAAAUGACAUGAUCGAGUUAUUGUUCAGCUCAGUUGUUAUGUCCAUUAGACAUCUUGUCAAUCACCCUAAGGGGAGCUUUCCCCGCGCACGCGAUGAUCCCACCUGUGAACCCCCCAUGUCUGAAUACCCCAAAUGUGUAACAUUCCUGUUAAAAAAAAUGAUUGUCUUGAAAAAGCCUAAAAUCGUUAACAUUACGUACCCUCUCUUCUUUAAACUCCGUCUGUGUAUUGAAGCCAUCAAAUGGGUGUAUCCCAAGCUGAUGAAAAAUUAUGGGCACAUAUUAAUGUACUGGAAGAAAGUGAUAGGCGCUCAUUUGGGGAGUGAGAAGACCUUUAAAAAUUAUUUCGACUAUGCGCACAGCGGUAUGAGCGGUAUCAGCGGGAACAACACGUUGAGCGCAUCCCACAUGCUAACAGACGGUAACGAUUGGGGUAGUGCCCCUCACGUGGUUACCCCUUCAAAAGGACAGACGCAGCAGAGCCUCACGAAGCACGGGAACGAUGCUCUCCAAAAAUUUCUAACAUACCCCUGCAUUUCGCAAACCAAUUACAAAUAUAAAUUAAAAAGUAAAAAAAACUACUCCCUCGAGAAUUGUCUUUACUUUAAAAAUUCCAAAUAUUACAAAAACGUAGCCUUUCACGACAUGCAUGAGCACGUGAGCUACCUCCAAAACGCAUCUCACCAGCUGUACAUUAACUUCGUGCACUUGAAGAGAAGACUACUACGGCGAAUCGUACAAAAUGGCACAAGCGAAGAUACCGCAUUGCAGUUGUGCGAAUCCACAUUUUGCACACGCGAAUUAUUUUUAACUUUAUUUUUGAUGAAAGUGGAAUUGGCUAAGCACAUCCAGACAGAGAUAAACAUCGUGCCCGUGGCCACGGACAAACUGAACAGCAUGCGCAGCAGAAAGCAGCUCCAUUUGUACUUAUCAUCAAAACUGUUGUGUUGA